AUGUUCCGCCCCGACUUCUACUCCUCCCGCCAAGAAGCAGCCGUGCGACAGUUCGCGCACACCCUCUCCUCGACCGCCCCGGGCCGUUUCUUUGUCCACAUCUGUCACGACCUCGACGCCUGGAAGUCCGUGGACUGGGAGAAAGCCGCGGGGGAGCUCGGGGCGAUGUUCCGGGGGAUGCGAGCGCGGGCCGUGAGGCCCCGCGUGCCGCGGUACGCCGGGCUGAUCUACGAUGGCUACGACGGAGCGGUUCGGCUCUUCACCGAACCGGCCACAGAUGACAGGGAUCCGGUCCCCUGCGCGCGCGACGGACGGGUCGAGUUCCGCGUCCAGGAUGAGAGCGAUCGCGCAGUCAUCCAGGAGUGGGCGGCGAGCUUGCCGGUGUGCGCGAGUCCGGCUGAUCCCGAUGUGGUGGGGCUGGAGACGAAACUCGUGAUGAAUACGGAGACGGCGUCGACGGUGAGGCAUUUGGGAAGUCGGUGGGUUACCUGGGUUCAUUAUGCUGAAAUUGUCCCUGUCGCUGAUGGGGAGGUUGAGGAGGAGAGGUCGUCGAGCUCUUAG